UAUAUCUAGCGUAUAAAAAGUAGUUUUAAGUAGCGUAUAAAAAGUUUAAUUUUAAGAUAAGGAGUUUUCAAACAAGAUUUUUUUGUUUAUUUGGAACAAGAUUAUCAAAACAUAUGAUAAAAUGGAAUCCAAUCAAACUGAUAUUUUUCUCAACGAAAAAGAAUCUCAAAUUAUAAUUCCUUUGUUUACCGGUAAUACAAAGUUUGGAAACAUGACAGCGUUCUACUUUCAGAACGGCGAACAUAUUAUCCAAUUUGAGCUUUUUGAAUUACGCGAAGGAAAAGUAUUUGGACAUGGUAAUGAUGAGGUUGGUACUUUCACUGUUGAAGGUAAUUACUCUAUGGAAGAUUGCAAAGGAGUUAUCAAUAUGGAGAAAAAAUACAUUGGUCAACACACAGUUCAUUACGAAGGAACUAUUCAAUUAACAACAAAUAGUUACGAGAUAGAGGGAAUGUGGAAUAUAAAUGAGGAGAUUUCAGGAAAAUUUUCAAUCGUUUUAUAUCAUAACAUAACAGUUUUUAACGAAACUCCUGAAUACUACAGUAACCCUAUCGAUAUUACUGGGUUAACAACCGGUUUUUAUAUACAAAAUGGUACAAGGUUUGAUAUGAGUUUUGAUAAUUUAGCUUUUUUCAAUGGCUGUAUUACUGGGCGAGGCAGUGAUAAUAAUGGUAGAUUUUUUAUUUACGGCAAUUACACUGAACCUUUUCUAAAUACAGAUGUUCAGUUUACAUUCAAAAAAGAAUAUGAGCAAACGCAUGAUGUUUCUUACUCGGGAAUACUGAAGCAAGCAAAAAACCCUCUUCAAUUAGUUGGACGUUGGAUGAUAGGUCAGUUGAGUGGGUAUUUCUGUAUUAAUAUCCCUCGCAUAAGAAAGUUGUCAAUUUACUUAUACAGUUUUGUAACAGGAGAAGAAUGUAAAAAAAACUUAUUUGAAAAUGAAUGUGUAGACGGUAAUUUUUACCUUCAUGAAACAACCUUCAAAAUGUCGUUCAAAUUUUUUAGACUUAAUAAAGGAAAUGUUUCGGGACAAGGUAGUGACGAUCUCGGUAGUUUUACUAUUGAAGGUGAAUACAGCAGUGAGGGAAAAAUAAAUUUUAAAAAACAUUAUAUAGGACAACGCAGAAGCGUUGAGUUUAGUGGGACUAUAGUUGGUGAUGGGAAAGUUUUUGAAAUUAAUGGAACGUGGGUAUUAGAUGAUAAUAUAGAGGGUAAAUUUUUAAUAAAGUUAUUUGUAUAACAUCCAACAAUUAUAAGAUAUUUAGCAUUAUUUGGAAUGAAAAAGAAGAUUUUUUGAAUUUUUUGAUUGGAAGCGAAUAAAAAAAUUUUAUGAUUGAAAAAUAAAGAAAGUUUAUCAAA